UAAAACCAGCCAAAAUCUACAUUUCCUGCCACUUCAUAUCAGAAUCCACUUCAUAUCAUAUCAUUCUGAUGAUAGAUUUGGAUCAUUGAGUUUGAUUUGAAAUGUCGAUGUAAAAAUAUACAUACAAUCAAAUUCAGAAAUAAGUAAUGAUCUAUCAAUCUAUCAAUUUUGCUGCAGAAAAUGGCAGGAGAAAUGCAAUGUACAGUGCUGUUGAUCCUUGUUUUGCUGAAUCUCACAAUGGCGGCGAAGGUGAGCAAGAACAUUGGAAUAAACUAUGGUCGACUGGGGGAUAAUCUGCCGGCGCCGCAAAAAUCAGUGGCACUGAUCAGAUCACUAGGAUUUCAACAAGUGAAGAUAUUCGACUCCGAUCCGACGGUCCUCAAAGCUCUAUCCAACACAGGCCUGAGGGUCGUGAUGGCGGCGACAAACGAAGAACUGGCGGCGCUGGCGGCGUCACCGGCGGCGGCCGCCACUUGGGUAGCGGAGCACGUGCAGCCAUUUUUGCCCUCGGCGCGCAUACGAGUCAUAACGGUGGGCAACGAGCUGCUCAGCCACCCAGAAUGGCGGCGCUCAUGGCCGCUACUUUUCCCGGCAAUGCAAAACCUCCAAACCGCCCUGGAAACCGCCAAUCUCCACCGUCAAAUCAAGCUCUCCACCUGCAUUGCCAUGGACGCCCUCAAUUCUUCCUUCCCUCCCUCUGCCGGAAUAUUCCGCCCCGACAUCGCAGAUACCAUUUUACGCCCAAUUUUGAACCUGAUUUCUUCCACAAACUCCUAUCUUUUCAUCAAUGCGUACCCUUACUUGGCCUGGUCGGUAAACAGCGCCGAAAUACCGCUCGAUUAUGCGCUUCUGGCGGCUGACGGUGCCGCCAUUUCAGACGGGCCGUUUCGGUAUAGCAAUUUGUUGGAUGCGCAGGUUGAUGCUUUUGUGGCGGCUAUGGCGGCGCUGGGUUUUCCGGACGUUAAAGUCGCCGUCGGCGAGACUGGAUGGCCUACCGCCGGCGGACUUGGUGCUAGCGUUGAGAAUGCGGCGAUUUAUAAUGGCAGACUUAUGAGCAAAUUGGGGACUCCGAGAAGAGCUGGGGUUAAAAUGCCGAUUUUUAUUUUUGCUCUGUUUAAUGAAGAUCAGAAGCCUGGGGCUGAGACUGAGAGAAAUUGGGGAAUUCUUUAUCCAAAUGCUUCUCUUGUUUAUGGCCUCUGAUUUAUUUGUAUGGCUUCUGUUGAUUUCAUCCAUUCUUUUUUUUUUUUAAAUUGUAAAGCUCAAUGUUGAUUCUUUUGGAGUUAAAAGUAAAAUUUGGAAACUGUCUCUAUCAUGUAUGGAAUAUCUAUUAUAUUAUAUUUAUAAUGUAAAAAGGAUAAUGACGUUUUGGUA